AUGGAUACCAAACCAGUACCAAAGGAACAAUGGAGUGAUAUGGAGAGAAAGACAAGAAUAGAGUUGGCUGCUGCUUAUAGAAUGGUGGCUCACUAUGGUUGGUCGGAACUUGUUUAUAAUCACUUAACCGCAAGAAUACCUGGCACUGAUUUCAUUCUCUUGAAUCCCUUUGGUCUUGGUUUCGAAGAGAUAACAGCAUCAAGUCUUGUCAAGAUUGAUCUUCACUCUGGCAAUAUUGUUGAUCCAGGUACAACUGAAUAUGGUAUUAAUAGUGAUACUGUUGCCGUGGCGUCAAUGAAGGAGGGCCUGAUCGAAGAUCUGUGUCAGAACACUAUGAUCUGUGGUGAGAUAUCCUAUCAUGACUACGAGGGCAUCUCUGUGAACGAAGAGGAAGAGGCAAGAAUCCAGAAGGAUCUUGGCAACACUUCAAUGAACCUAUUCCUAAGAAACCAUGGAAUUCUGACGUGUGGCACAACUGUUCAAGAGGCAAUGUUCCGUCUGUUCCUUCUGGUAAAGGCUUGUGAGAUCCAGGUUAGGACUCUGUCAGCAGUGGGUGGUGACAUUAGUAAGUUGCAGAAGCCCGCCGCCGACACUCGUUAUCAAGCCCGCAACGUCUCCUCUGGCUUCACCAAGGUUGGAUUCGGAGUCAAAGAGUUUGAUUACAUGAUUAGAGUAAUCGAUCGCAUUGAUCCAUCCUACAAGGACUGA